AUGGACGUAUAUCGCAACAUUGAUACCGACGAAGAAAGACGGCCAGGCGAAAGUGUUGGAAAUACGAUCGAAUACCAGUUCGAACCUUCUUUGUCUUCCUGGUCUGGUUUGGAUGGAGAUUUCAAGCUACUAUCCACUCUUGGUAGCGUGGGAGGAGAGGAAAUCUUAAAAUGUGAUAAUGAAGUAAAUCUUCAAUUACCGUUUGAAAUGAAAGGCGGUCAUAGAACGACAUCGCAAAUAUUAAAUCGAAAUAGAGAAUCAAUUUAUCAAAUCAAAGUAGAUAUCCUUGCCGAUACAAUGCGUUACGUGAUUCAAACAACAGCAGACGAUAAAAAUGUUGCUUUGGUUCGAGCGCCGAAAACAUUUCAAUUAAAUCUUAAUAUGAAGUACUUUCAAACUCCAGGCGAUUAUCAUUCGAUACGUCAUAUCGAACUACAAACUGGAUUAUUUCAACAAACAAGUCUUGUAUGCGAAGAAUUCAACGUUAUAGCAGUAAUCAAAAGGAAGAGAAUAGCACAUAACCUAUUCAACCCACUAGAGAGAUUUACCAUUCACGUCAAUCAUCCAUCAGACAUACAUUUGGCUUUAAUUUCGAUGGCAUGCAUGCAUGGUCAACUUCUUACUUACAAGAUCUUGACAUUCGUUUUGCUCAUCUUUGCCGGCUUGUUCGUUUUCAUCAUUCUCUAA